AAUAAGUUCCAUUUUAGAAAUUUUUGGUUAAGUUAUCAAUUGAAAAACAUCAAAGUUCCUUAAACAUCAUUGUAGCAAAAAUGACAUCUUCUCUUCAAACACAACUUUUUAGUGCUUUAGGGAACAAAACAAAAUAUCUUGCGGAAUUGAAGAAAACAUUCGCACGUCCAUUAAUACAACUUGCAGUGAAAGCAAUAGAACUGGAGCAUAUAGAAGAAGGUAUACUAGAACGGAUAAGUAAGAAAUAUAAUAUACCUGAAGACCUUGUAGACGAAUAUUAUGCUGCUAUUCUUACAAUUUUGAAAAUACAUCUACGUUCACAAUGUCACAACACUAAACCUGCAGAAUUUAAGCAAUGCUUGGAAGAACUGAAACUGAAUUCAGAUUGUGUGGAGGACUUAUCCUCUGUGAUUUACGGUCCAAAACAAGCAGACCUACUAUCAGGCUUAAUUCAGAGAACAAAGUUUAAUCCACAACUUGUAUCUUGCAAAUGGCGUGUAGAUAUCACUAUCUCGUCUAAUAUAUUAAACAGAGUGCUAGAGCCAAAUAUCACGAUGGAAUGGAUUUUCAAUACAGGCGAAUGUGUAACGUUUGAAUUAUCUCUGGCAAAGUUUCACCAACUGAGGCAUACUAUAGCUACGAUCCUUGUUGCAUUGCAAUCGUUGGAGCGGCACAGCAUUUUUAAAACUAUUCUGUCUAGUUGAUAGUGAUAACCAUUAUAGUUAAUCUCAUUACUAAGAAAAGGUUCCCAACUCGGAAAUACAAAAAAUUUUUUGAAACUUUGGCAAUAUAUAGUGGAUAGCUUGACGUAGAAUAUUUUUUUAUUUGAAUUUAUCCUCAAAAAGUAAAAUCAAACUUUCAAAAAAUUCUUCUGAUUUUUUGUUUUAUAUUAUUCAUUAACAAGAGAUAGAACAAAAUUUUAUUAAAAAAAUUUAUUUUACUGAUAUUUAUAGAUUAUCGUAAAAUUAUAAAAUUUAUCAAAAUAUAAUUAGUAAUAAAAUAAAAAUGAAAGAUGGAUCAAUUUUUAGGGGUUGGUUUUACUCUGUCAAGAUGACUUUGAACAGAGAGAUAGUACCUAUCAAGAUAUCCUCAAUGUAUUAUCAAAGUUUCAAAUUUUUUUAAAUUUCGGAAUUAAGACCUAGAUUUCCUUGUAAGAGUAAUUCUGCGAAACACCAGGAUUUGCUCUAUAAUGAUUUAUCAUUCUAAAUAUGAAAAUUAUAAGUGUUUACGUUUUUAUUUGCUUAAUUCAUAUAUUAUCACCCCUAUAAUAAACUGUUAUUUGUUGUUGCUUUGAUAUCAAAAUGAAGGACAUUAAACAUGAUGUCUGAUGUUACUUUGAUAUCAAAACGACAACAAAUAACAGCAGUUUGCUAAUGCAUAUAUUGUAUCAUAUUGUAAAAAUUAUUUACAUUAUUGUAAUAUUAUAAAUAACUCCAAUUUUAUCAAUAUGUUUUAACAAUCUCCAGUAUAAUAAUACAAGUAUAUUUUCGAAUUAAUAAAAACAUUACCUUAUAAUGUUA